AUGAGCAGGCGGAAUUGCUGGAUUUGUAAGAUGUGCAGCAAUGAGUCCGAGAGACUCCCUUCAAACCUUACUCUGGAAGAAAUAUUACAGUGGGCCCAAUCUUUUGAAAAUUUGAUGGCUACCAAAUAUGGUCCAGUAGUCUAUGCAGCAUACUUAAAAAUGGAGCACAGUGAUGAGAACAUUAAAUUCUGGAAGGCAUGUGAAACCUAUAAGAAAAUUGCCUCACGGUGGAGCAGAGUUUCUAUGGCAAAGAAGCUUUAUAAGACCUACAUCCAGCCAGAGUCCCCUAGAGAGAUUAACAUUGACAAUUCAACAAGAGAAACUAUCAUCAGGAACAUUCAGGAACCCACUCAAACAUGUUUUGAAGAGGCUCAGAAAAUAGUAUAUAUGCAUAUGGCAAUGGAUUCCUAUCCCAGGUUUCUAAAGUCAGAAAUGUACCAGAAACUUUUGAAAACUAUUCCUGACUGCCACUCAAAAGUUUAA